AUGCUUGUACUCGCAAGUAUCCACCUGCUGCUGAUGCUCCUUUCUGGAGCUGAAAGCUUUAUGGAAUCGCAGAAACCAAAGGAGUAUUUAAUCUCAGAAACAGCAAAAAAGGAUCUUAUGAAACUGGACAAGGAUCUAAUAACCAAUUUAAUGGAAUAUUCCGACAAACUAAAGAAGAAAAUUACACAAUUACAGAUGAUAGCUCGGGAGAUCAGAGAGCCCCUGGAUGCUGCCAAGGGUAUGGAAGAGGAGUAUCUUUCCAAUCCUUUGCACAGUUUUCCCCUCAUCCGGCACAUGCAUCAGGAUUGGCCUCAUAUAGAAAAGUUUAUGAAGAUGCCAGUGGGACAAGAUGAAAUUAAUUUCCUUCAAAAUAAAUUACCGGAAUUACCUGCUUCGGAGGAUAGCAAAGAUGCCUCUAAAGCAAUGUAUCGAUUAGCUAGGACCUAUAAUGUAACGCCCUGGGAAUUGUCCAAUGGUCUCAUCGAUGGCAUACAACUUGGAAUCUCACAGACACAUUUGACACCUUUGGAUUUCUUUGAGAUUGGAAAACUUUGCUUUCAGUGGGAACACACUCAUGCGGCUUUACUUUGGUUCACAAGCACUCCAAUCUUUGAGGAAUAUGAACCAGCUCAUAAGGUUUUGGGGUUUCGUAAGAAUGACGUGGCUUUGAUGAUUGCUCGCUGUCUGGUGGAGUUGGGCCGUAAAAAUGAAGCUGAAGAUGUAUUAAGGGAACAAUCUUAUACGGCAGUAAAUAUGUCUAAAUUAAUAGAACUUUACGAUACUCACUCCGUAUAUCAACGCAACUAUGAGCCCAUACAUCCAUUACAGUACACAGAUUUGUGCCGAUCCUCUCAUGUUCCAAGUCCUUCGAGACUCCAUUGUCGCUACAAUAGCUCCACUUCACCUUUUUUGAUCCUGGCUCCCCUUAAAAUGGAGGAAAUCUCACUCGAUCCUUACAUCGUAGUCUACCACGAUGUCCUGUCGACAAACAAAAUCGAGGAGAUAAUUCGUUGGGGGGAUCCCAGAGUGGAGCCCACUUAUGUCCUUCAUAGGGAAUUGGGCGAUAUAAGGAACAAUGAACGCACAGCCUUGGGUACUUGGAUUUCUCGCAAUACCUUGCCUCCCUCCAAUUGGAAUCUAUUGAGAUAUAUGUCUCAAAAGAUUCGAUAUUUAACCGGACUUAAGGUCAUGGAUCUAUUUUCGCUGCAGCUGAUCAAGUAUGGAUUUGGGGCACAUUAUGGUCCACAUACGGACUAUUUUAACUCAUCAAACCGUGGCGUAAAGUUGACCGGCGAUCGAAUAGCCACCGCUCUCUUUUAUCUAAAUGAUGCACCACAUGGUGGAGCUACUGUUUUCCCCGAAUUAAAACUUAAAGUGAAUGCUGAGCGAGGAAAAGUCCUGUUCUGGUAUAAUUUGAAAGGAGAAACCCAUGAUCUGGAUGAGAAAACGAUGCAUGGGGCCUGUCCCAUCAUUAAAGGCUUUAAAUAUGUCCUGACCGCCUGGAUAGACGAAUGGGAUCAGAUGUUUAUUCAACCCACAUAUCGCCAAGGAAUUCGACAUCAUUUCUUUUAAAUUUUGCAACAAAUUUAAAGUUUUGUAUAGUGUUUAAUUCCUUAUAUUCUACUAUAUUUUAAAUUCUACUUAAAUACAAUGAAUCUUCUGCUGUUUCCAAGAA